GUUACAUAUAUAUAUGAUCGAAUGCACAACAACAACGGUCCAUCCCCGUUUUAUCCUCGUUGGUGUGUUUUCACAUAGUUAUGAACGAUUGCACGAAGAUGGUGUUCAAGCUUUUUAGUUGGAGAGAUCAAUCCGAGAGCAAAGAUUUCGGCUACAAGGUGCAUGGGCAUCCUUUAUCGACAAACACAAGACGUGUUCUUGCCACCCUCUACGAGAAAGGCAUCGGCUAUGAGGCCAUCGAGGUCGACCUGAAAUCCGGCGAGCACAAGAAGGAACCUUUCCUCCGCAAUCUCAACCCCUUUGGCCAGAUCCCGGUUUUCGAAGAUGGACAAGUUAAGCUGAUCGAAUCGAGGGCAAUCACACAAUACAUAGCAUACGUCCACAGCACAAGAGGGAACCGGCUGCUGAACUUCCAGAGCCACGAGACAAUGGCGACACUGACGAUGUGGAUGGAGAUAGAAGCUCAAAGCUUCAACCCUCUGGCGUCGGCACUGACGUGGGAACAAGUCAUAAAGCCGAAUUACAACCUCCCGAGGGACGAAGGGGCCGUGAAGGAGAACGAGUCGAGGCUCGAGAAAGUUCUGGACGUGUACGAGAGGCGGCUGGCCGAGACCGGGUACGAGUACUUGGCAUGUGACAGCUUCACGUUGGCGGAUCUUCACCACCUCCCCAACAUAGAGUUCCUGUACUUGACCCCGACCAGGAGGCUGUUCGAGGAGAGGCCACGUGUCGCUCAGUGGGUGGCCAAGAUCAGGGCCAGGCCUUCUUGGCAGAGGGCCUGUGAUCCCGCCGUUUGGUCAAGCAACAUCAAGAAGAGAUUGAACUGAUAAAUAACAAAUUACAGAACAACUGUGUGUAUGUUUGGUUUGUUCAUGUUGUGUUAUUACACUGUAUGUGUGUAAGUGUUUUUUUAAUCUAUUUUCUUGUGUGGUAAUAAAUGGAUGUUGGUAUGUAAUUAAAUAUGAAUAAGAGAGAGAUAUGCUCUGUGUUUGAGCUUUAA